UUGCUCUGUGCCGCCGCCGGGUCCCGCCGCCGGGACGGCGAGGCAGCCAGAAGGUCGAGCCAGCGGCCCCGGCAGAGCGGCCCCGGCCCCGAGCAGGGUUCCCGGCACCGGCUGAAGCCCCCGCGCUGCUCCCUGCCACCAUGCCCCGCGGGAAGAGGGACCCGGUCCUGCUGUCCCCCGCCGAGCUGCCCGGCCCCGGGGGCGAGGGUCCCCGCGCGGCUGGGGACGGCCGGCGCUCCGCCGAGGAGGAAGAGGAGGAGGACGGACACCUCCAGGGGCUGCCCCGCGACGACCUCACCAAGAGCAUGUCGAGCUCCUCCUUGUCCUCCUACCAUUCCGCCCUGUGCUCGGACGGCACGGAGACCUUCAAGGACUGCCUGGAGUUCCUGGACGAGGAGGGAUCGCCCGGCCGGGCUGCCCCGGGCCGCUGGGCUCCGGCGGGGGCCCCCGGCGUGCCCCCGCCGCCCGGCCCCCUCGCCCGCCCGCAGCGGGCUCAGCUGUCCAGCGCGGCUAAGAAUAGCCCAGCUCCGGGCCAGGGGGGCAGGAUGGGUCCCCUCGGUGGGGACCGGCAGCCUGUGCCGGCCGCGGCCGCCGGCGGGGAGCCGGCCGUGCCCCGGCAGCCCGGGGCGAUGCUCGCCGCGGCUCCCAGCGACUCGGACGAGGUGGACGGCGAGGUGCAGGCGCUGACGGCCAGGGCUUUCCGCAGCCUCUCGGGGCUCCCCGGAGCUCGCCUCGACAUGUGCAGCUCCCACACCUCCUCCAGCCUCUCCAACUCGCUGUCGGAGGACGGCGGGCGGCCGCGGCGGUGGCCGGCGGGCGCCGGGGAGCCCCGGGCCCCGGCGACAGCUCUGCACUGCAGGGUGGGCUGGCCUUUCCCAGCCGGCGUGGACGGAGAGCUGCUGGGGAAGGAGCAGUUCGAGUGCGUGGACGUGGAGCUGGAGAACGGCGAGGCCAGGAAGGGCCACGGCAAGAAGAGGACGGUGCCCAAGCGCCAGAUCCUGCUGAAGAGGAAGGAGAGGAAGGAGACGGGCUUUGGUCCCCGGGGGGAUGGCCCAGCGCCCCAGCCCCCUGCCAGGAAGGAGCCCCCCAGUAAGGGCAGAGCCAUCGGCGAGGACUUCAGGUUCAACUACCAGCAGUUCAUGAAGGCGGCGUCCCUGGAGGCCGGCACCGACAGGACCCGGGCUGCGUCGUGCCUGGUGAAAAACGUCCUGGCCAAGAAGAUGCAGUACGAGCAGCGCAUCAAGAUGGAGCAGAAGGGGCUGCGGGGCAGCUCGACCUCCUCGGGGCCGUCCUCCGCCGGCACCGACCUGCUGGGGGAUGGUCUGGAGGGCAAGUCCAGCUCGCUGUCCCGCUCGGACUGCAGCUUCUCGGCCGAGGACCUGCGGGGUGGAGGGAUGCCGGUGGCCACGGCGGCCGCGGGGAGCACCGCCACCACCACCCAUCCCACCAAGGGCGUGGUGCUCAGCGAGGAGACGAGGGAGACGGUCUGCAACCUGAGGAAGACGUUCAACGAGCUCAACCAGAGGAUGAAGUACCAGGAGGUGCUGGAGGGCCGCUGGCUGCCCGCGGCCGCGGAGGAGCACACGUCGGAGAGGAUCUGCUACCAGCGAGCCCGCGCCUUGUUCGAAGCCCAGCCCGGGGUGGGGAAGGUGCUGGAUGUCGCUCCCCGGUUUGCGAGGGCGCCGAGGCCGUGGCCCAGCUUGAAGGAGCGAGCCAUCGGCCCCAUCCAUUCCCAAAGCCUCCCCUUCAAGGCCGAGAGCCGGGCGCUCCCCGCCACCCCGCCGCGCCGCCCCUUCGCCUCCUCCCGGGCGCAGGAGGCGAGGACGCUGCCGCAGAGCCCGCCAGAGAAGCCACCAGCAGUGCCCCGCCGGCCGCCCAGCCCCGGCACCGCCCCGGCACCCCGGGGGUCCCCGCCAGCCGCGCCUCCCAAGCCACAGGAGAAGGGGAAGGGGCGCGUCCCGCAGCCCCGGGACGUGCGCAAGCUGGUGAAGAGCAGCUACAGCCUCAAGUUCGGGACUACCGGCGCCUCCCGCGGCACCGUGGCACCGGCGAGCAGCGGGGAGCCUCCGCCAGCCACCCCUCUGGUCAUCCACUGCACCUCGGUCCGCCGGGAGCCGCCGCCGGAGCCGGCGGGUGAGGAGGUGCUGGCAGCCCCCGGCCGAGAACCAGCCCCGGCGUGUGCCGAGGGGCCCGCAAAGCCCCCCCACAGCUCCCCCAUCAACAUCACGAGGGUCCAGGCCACGCGGAGGGGAGCGGCCCCCGCGGAGGAGCCGCCGGCAUCGCCCCCGCGCCGGGAGCGGAGCGAGCUCCGGCUGCCCCCACGGGCCCCGGCGGCCGAGCGGGUGCCGCACGUGGAGACCCAUCUGCACGUCCUGGUGGGCCGGCCGGCCCCGGCGGCCCGGGAGAGCUCCCCGGCUCAGAGCAGCGCGGUGCUGCGGGCAGAGAAGACCGUUGUCCUGCCGCCGCCCCCGCCGAGUCCCGCGGAGGGGAAGGAGGAGCGCGGCCGUGGCGGCGGCAGAGCGCUCCCCGCUGCCGAGGGGCCGGAGUCGCUGGGGCAGCGGCCCUGCAGCGGUGACAGCCGCGACCCCCGAGCCGGAGCCUCGGGCGGCGGCAGCGUCCGGCCGCGGCCUGCGGAGCCGGCAGCGAGGAGCGCGGCAGAGCCCGGCGCCGGCGAGCAGAGGCAGCAGCAUCCCGGCGGCCGGCGGGUGUCGGUGGGCAGCGGGGGCUCUGCCGGUGGCACCGGCCCCGCCGCCCCGCUCCGAGCGGGGGAGAGCAGUGAAGGCUCCCCUGGGCUGCUGCCGGAGCAGAGGGAGGCCUGGGAGCACUCGCCGCUGCGGCCGGCGGCUACAGAGCCCUACCCGCCUGCUGCUCCGGCGGAGAACUCCAACUACUUGGCAAUCCCCGAGAGAGCCCCCAAAUCCACACUGAUGCCAAAGCUGUCCUCGGUCCCCAGCCCAGGCAGUGCAUCCUUUGGGACCCCCUUUGUCCCCAGCCCGGCCAGCACCUCUUUUGGGGCUCCCUCAGCCCCCAACCCAGCCAGUGCCUCUUUUGGGACCUCCAUGGUCGCCAACGUGACCAGCUCAUCCUUUGGCUUCCCAUCAGCCUCCAGCCUGGCCAGCACGUCAUUUGGAACCCCCUCGGUUUCCAAUUCCAACAAGUCUUUUGGGGCCACUCUGGUCCCCAACCUGUGCAGCACAUCCUUUGGGAACCCCUUGGUCCCCAAUGCAUCCAGUGCAUCCUUUGGGAACCCCUUGGUCCCCAAUCCAUCCAGUGCAUCCUUUGGGAACCCCUUGGUCCCCAAUCCAUCCAGUGCAUCCUUUGGGAACCCCUUGGUCCCCAAUCCAUCCAGUGCAUCCUUUGGGAACCCCUUGGUCCCCAAUGCAUCCAGUGCAUCCUUUGGGAACCCCUUGAUCCCAAAUGCAUCCAGUGCAUCUUUUGGGAACCCAUUGGUCCCCAAUCCAUCCAGUGCAUCCUUUGGGAACCCCUUGGUCCCCAAUCCAUCCAGUGCAUCUUUUGGGAACCCAUUGGUCCCCAAUCCAUCCAGUGCAUCCUUUGGGAACCCUUUGGUCCCAAAUGCAUCCAGUGCAUCCUUCGGGAACCCCUUGAUCCCCAAUUCAUCCAUUGCAUCCUUUGGGAACCCCUUGGUCCCCAAUCCAUCCAGUGCAUCCUUUGGGAACCCCUUGGUCCCCAAUCCAUCCAGUGCAUCCUUUGGGAACCCCUUGAUCCCAAAUGCAUCCAGUGCAUCCUUUGGGUCCCCACUGGUGCCCAAUCCAUCCAGUGCAUCCUUUGGGAGCCCCUUGAUCCCCAACCCAGGCAGCUCAUCCUUUGGGUCCCCUUUGGUCAGCAACCCAGUCCACACUUCCCUUGGGCAACCAUCAGUCUCCAACGUGGCUGGCUCUUUCUUUGGAUCCCCUUUUGUCCCCAGCCCAGCCAGCGCUCCACUGGGAACGGGUGCCUAUCCCCUUCCUGGUGGGGAAGUGCCCUGGAGCAAGCCCAGCCCUGAGCCUCCCCUGCCCCGACCCCCCGAGGGCUCGGCUGCUGUGGAGCCCCCAGCCCAGCCCCACCUGGAGGAUGCUUCUCAUUUCCUCAGGAGGACCGAUGGCCCCUCGCCGAGUGGGAGGAGCAGGCAAAGCCCCCCCAGGCCCUUUCCCGCCGCCGUGCCCGCCCAGCGGAGGAUGCUCGUGGAUCCCAGCAGCGGGAAGUGCUACUACAUGGAACCGCCUCGACAGCCCCAGAUGAAAACGCUCUACGACCCCGAGACCGGGCAGUACCUGGAGGUGCUGGUCCCACCGGUGGCAUCACACACCGGGCUCUACCAGGCACCGUUCAACCCGCUGGUCAUGUCCUCGGGGGUCUAUGGCCCACCCUACGCACCCUACGGCGGCUUCCCGGGGCUCCCGGCACCGCCGCCCUCCGCCCCCUCGCCGCCGCACCCCUCGCUGCCGGCUGCCGGCAACCCCGAGACCCCCGGCUCCGCUCCCAAGGGCGAGGGGUCGUCCCCUGCCGGGGGUCCCGACUGCGGCUACCUGGAGAGCCUGUACUACAUCCCCACGGGCAUGCGGGCCAGCCCCGGCCCCGAGCAGCCCCCGGCCCGCACCAGCCCUGCCGCGCCCGAGGGCUCGCUGCUCCGGAUGUGACGGGAUGGACCCGCGGGGAUAUCCCUUCCUUGGCCCGGCUUAGCCCAAAGUCAGCAUCACCCCUGGCACGGGACAGCCUCCCUGCCCACGGCUGAGCUGGCAAAGCGCCGAGGGGUAGCGGGCACUGGUUGGACUUCACUGGCUUCUCAUGGAAACGGGGACAGAAAGGGUGUGUUCCGGUGUGCACAGCUGGCAGCCCUCGGGGGACAUGGAGGUGUGGGCCCCGGCCAGCAAAGGGACCACAGAGGCCCUGCUUCCCCCUGUCCUGCCAGUCCCAUCCCAAGGAUGGCCGGGCUGGUUCACACAGAGGGUGAUGGCCUGGCCACCCCCAGAUCCCCCAACCACAGCAGCAGCACAGACACCCCAAAAUAGUAAUAAAAAUGCUGAAACAGCUUUAAAUCUGCU